GGACGGUGAGGAGGAGGAGGAGGAGGAGGAGGAGGAGAAGAAAGUGGCGAGGAAGCACAGCUGAGAGAGGACAAGUUGCCUCGUCGUCCUAAAACGUCUUUAGCUGCUGCUAUCAGCACGUAGCAGACACACACACACACACACACAAUGUUUACAACACACAGGCCCAGGACCUCCUUGGCAGUCAGAGAUGGAACUUCUGAGCUGAGGAAGUGUUGGACGUGGGACUAACUUCUUCUUCUUCUUCUUGUUGUUGAUGCACACAGGAUGUCGGUGAAGCUGCGAUUUGACUCUCCCGGAAGUUCAAUCCAGCGGAGUCGCUCCUUCACUGGAUUCGGCUCUCUGACAGGACAACGGCGGCAUUCCUCUGCUCGGAAUUCACUGCGCUCCAAAGUCGUGUCUGGAGGAAAAACUCCAAGAGCCCCUUUGUCUUCCAGGAGAGGAUUUGGAUCCGCCUUGUCCCUGCAGCCAGAAGAGGUGGACCGGGUCUUUCAGGCGCUACGCAAAGGCCUCAGAGAGCAUGUGCAGCGCCACCAGGCUGAGAUGGACUUCCUGUCCUCACGCCAGCGAGAGAGUAAAAGAAACUCCAGACUGGCCUUCCUGUACGACCUGGACAAGGAGAUACGAGCACAGGAGAGACAUGUACGAAGACUGGAAUUCCAAAUCAGCAAGGUGGAAGAACUCUACGAGAACUACUGCGUCCAGUGGCGCCUGUGUCAGGGAGUGGUCAACAUGAAACAAGCUUUCUCGCUCUCGCCGUCCUCCAGAGCAUCCAGGGAGAGUCUUUUGGAGCUGGGCCGCAACCACAGACACAGCAUGCAGGACAUGUCGGCCAUGGAGGGUGAGCUGGAGGUCCUCCUGGGAGAACUGCAUGUGAAAAUGAAAGGUCUCAUCGGCUUUGCUCGACUCUGUCCCGGAGACCAGUAUGAGGUGCUGCUGCAGUUGGGUCGUCAGCGCUGGAGGAUCCGAGGCAGGAUUGAAAGUGACGAUGUCCAGUCUUGGGAUGAAGAGGAGAUGGUCUUCCUCCCGCAUAUUAACCACAACUUUGAGAUCAAGGUGUCGGAAGCCAAGGGUUUGGGCUGGCUUCUGGUUGGCACGGUAACCUGCGCCAGUGCUCACUUCUUUGUAGCCAGUCCUCAGCUGAUGCUGGUGGACAUCACCGAGCUGGGAACCAUCAAGCUGCAGAUGGAGGUCACCUGGAAUCCGCUGGACAGCGCAGAGAGGGCGGGUCCUUUGUCCAUCAGCAAACAGUGGGGGUCCAGCAGGAAGACUUCUGUGCACAGCUGGACCGCACCGAGCACCCCCUCCUUUUCUGAAAAGUACUUCCUGUCUAUGGUCCGUGAGCUGCAGGAUGGGGGUGCUUCUGUCCCGUUCCACGUACCCAAGAGAGACAGGGGAGACGUGUCCCUGCUGAGCUACCUGUCCCAGUCAUCCAUCACGUCGAACCUCAGCCAACCAAGUCCAGCCCCCCUCAGCCGGGACACCAGUCUGAGGGGGAGCCGGACCCAUGUGUCCCUUGGGGAGGAGGGGGAGGACACCAUGGAGAGGAGGAGGCUGAGCGAGGAGGAAGAGGCGUGGGAGGAGGUGUAUGCCGCUAAGUGUAAACCAUCUUCCGUGACGGACCUGCAGAGGUGUGGCACCCCUGACAUCCUCAAAGCCAGCACAGAUCCACAAUCUGAGACUCAGGGGGUGGAGCCACGUCAGGAUACCAUCAGUGAGCAGGACGCUUCCCCUGACUCACCCCAGGCUGCCACACACCCCUCAGCGAGUGGAAUUCAAGAGCAGGCGCUACGACUGGGAAUGCUGAUCGUGGACCUGGAGACAACCUUGCAGAACCAGAGCAGCUAUGACAAGGAGCUGCGGGUCCUGAAUCAGCAGAUAGUCCACUUAUCCACCAUACUGCGGAAUGACCUAUCCCUGAUGAGAAACUCAUCAUCAGAAGACACCUUGGCUGUUGAGGAAGUUCUCUGCAGCUUUGACUUCCUGUCACAUGAUGUCAACGUGGACGAGGAGGCUUCCGGGUGAGUUAGCGUGCAGAAGGUAUGAAAAAACACCAGCGAUGCAGCCAGAAGAAACCUUCUUUUCCCCCAAAAUAGUGUUACUUCUCUAAGAAGAACCUGUGAGGAGGAGCUUUUCGUUGCUCCUUUGACUAGUGGGAACUGUGGUCUGGAUCAGGCUCUGGAGAUUCACCUGAACACUUGCUGCAUCUUACUUCAGACGCUCCAGAGGAGCCACUUGAGUGCCGCUCGGAGAGAUCUGCUGGAGGACGUGUCUCUCCAGGCCGACAUCGUGCAGCGAAUCAGCUGUUUGCUGCUGGAGAAGAAAAAUGAUGUCUCAACAAGGGAGCUCCUGCAGGAGGCUCCAAAGGAGGUGCUGCUUUUCUGGGAAGACUGUCUGAGCGACGUCGCCUCACCAUUCUGCUGCCGCUCCGAUGACUUUGUCACAGCACUGAAGAGGAACUACUCUCACAAGGUCAAGGCCAAGGUCAAGGCCAAGCAGCCAGGACACUCUGAAAGAGUUUUCAGUGGGCUGGUGCAGGAGGUGCAGGCGGCCAGCAGGGCGGCGUUGUGGCCUCCUCUGCCGCCAUGCAGCCCAGACAAGGUCAGCGUCUUCCAGCUGUCACUUUACAUGCGACGCUGCAACAUCCGCACGCUGGGAGAACACGUGACCCGCCUCUCUAAGGAAGAGUACUUCCUGUGCGCCAUGCGGGAACCCAAACGGAGUCGAGCUUUAAAUAGGAUGAAGAUGCAGGGCAUUGCGGAGCUCCUCCCACUGGGACUCACGCUGCAGACGCUUGCAGGGCUGCAGCUGGACGCCAACCACAAAGUGUGCAAAGCCGCCGCCGACUUCCUGCGACGAGCAGGCGGGUGCAGCGCCUUUCGUUCCAAGGCGGUGGUUUACUACACCGAGAGUUUGAGGAGCACCGACGUUCAAAUCCAGCAAAGUUCCUGUUUGGCGCUUAAAUGUUUGAUGGCAACCGAGAGCGUGGACUAUAUCGCGGAGCUGUGGCGCUCAGCUGAUGAUAACGUCCGCAGCGCCGCCAAGGAGGCGGUCUUGUCUUUUGGUGGCAAAGGUCACGAGGCCUUCCAGAGGAUGGAGCAUCUGGACAUGUUAAUGCAAGAGGAGUUCUACCAGAACCUGGAGACUGAGAUCACCGUCCUAUAGGAAAAACUUUCACGUGUCCCACGGGGGUCCCGUGCCCCUCUGGCAUGCAUUGUAUUUCUAUAGCAUUAUUUGAUUUUUUGGAAGUAUAUACGGAAGGGAGGCUGUAUAGGAACAAACUGCACAACCUACGCAUGUGGAGAAAAAAAUGUGUGAGAUGGUUGCCGAAGCGACAUCGCCUCUACUCCAUUCAUUUUCAAUGGAACCUGCGCGUCCAGCCAAGCAACACUCAAAAUUUGACUUCAUGCGUCACGAGUCAUGACGCAAUACCAGAAAGUAGAAAAAUUAUCAACUUUUCAUCGGUGUCGCCCAGUUGACAUGCAGUCAAUAUUCCGGUUUCUGAAAUAAUAUUCAAUGCUUCCGGUCAAAGACCCAAGAUUUUCUUUCGAAAUGGAACAUUCACACUCACAGUAAUACCUAUGGACAAUUUGGAGUCGGCAAUUAACCUAGCAUGUUUUUGGAAUGUGGGAGGAAACCGGAGUACCUGCAGAAAACCCACGCAUGCACGGGGAGAACACAGAGAACUCCACACAGAGAUGGCCCAGGGUGGGGAAAGACAAAAUAAGAAGCCAAAAAGUUACCACUUCCACACAAAAUAGGAGGAGAACUCAUUCAUUUUCUAUUGCUUAUCCUCACAAGGGUUGCGGGGGUGCUAUAGCCUAUCCCAGCUGUCUUCGGGCGUGAGGCGGGGUACACCCUGGACUGGUCGCCAGCCAAUCACAGGGCACAUAUAGACAAACAACCAUUCACACUCACAUUCAUACCUAUGGACAAUUUGGAGUCGCCAAUUAACCUAGCAUGUUUUUGGAAUGUGGGAGGAAACCGGAGUACCCGGAGAAAACCCACACAUGCACGGGGAGAACAUGCAAACUCCACACAGAGAUGGCCGAGGGUGGAAUUGAACCCGGGUCUCCUAGCUGUGAGGUCUGAGCGCUAACCACUAGACUGCCGUGUCUAGCUUCAUCCAUGUUCACGAAACAAUCCCGUGUGUGUUUGACAGAUUAGCAUAUUUUUAUCUUGCUGGCUGGGAACCACCAACUCCAACCACUUCUGCCUGAUCCUUACCUGUGAAAGAAAUAUCCCUUUAAGAUUCCUAUGUGGGUGCUUAGAAAAGCUAAACACAUUUAGCUAUCCCUUACACCCUUCCUGGGAGACAUUGCUAACACUGUAAGCAGGGCGAGGCCUACAGCAUCUGGGCAUACCCAUAUAAGGAGGUCCGGAUUGAAUUCAUGUCAGAUGAAUUUUUUGUUAGAAAAAAAGCCACUGUGCAGAGCCAUCCGAAACGUCUUUCAGAGCUCAAUUCCAAAUGUGCAAACCUUAUUAUCGGACACUUUUGCACCGUUUAACACGUGAAUGCAACAUUAACAAUCAGAAAAGUGAAAAUAGCUAAUAGCUAUUAUUGGUGUUACGUGCAUCGUCAAUAGCUAGCGUCAUCAGGUAGUGUUUGCUCAAAGGCUAACAUUUAAAAUUUUCCAUUUUUCUUUGAAAAAAAUGAAAGGUUUUGUUACCAUGGUAACUUGAGGCAGAGGACCCACACAUAGUGAGGUGGAUUUUAAAUGACAUUUAAAAAAUAUCAGCUUUAAACAUUUCCUGUUUUAAUGCUGUCCCCACAGCUCCAUCUGCUGGUGCGGAUCUGCAACAGCAUUGUCUUUCAUCCAUUUGUUUUUUGUAAAGUGAUGCAGACAUCUAUUAUUUUUUCAUAAAAGGUCUUCUUCCCUACUAAAACUGUUGGUCUGGUGAUGUCUGAUGAAAAACACUACAGCUGGUGAGGGAAAGAAACUUUAUUUAAAUUAAAAAGCCGCAAAGCACACACGGACAGCUCAACACGAGACUAAAAAGAAACAAGUUUGUGUCUUCUUUUGGUGGAAAGUUGAUUAAAAAGCUUGACAUGGCGGAGUGAAAGAGGAGGAUUGUCCUGUGAGAAGAAUUGAGUAGAGACGAGAAAUCGUGGUGGUCACAUGUGCUUCACAAAUAUGUCCGUUGUUUGCUUGCCCCCCACCAAGUUCAAGUGUCUUUACAGCAUGGCCCGCAACUCUGCCCUCCAAAAACGUGGGUCGAUGCUCCUCCGCCAACAUAGUCCAUCCAGCAUGGCGGCAACAACACCAUCCCACCCUCUCUAGGUGCCAACGAUGGCCGGGUCGUGGGCGGUGUGCGGCAGGGCGGCGUCCUGGCAGUGGUACAGGAAGCAGUUGCCCCAGCAGCUGUAGCAAAUGAGGAAGAGGGCGGCGAGGAAGACCAAGGCACAGAUGGUGCAGGGCUUCCUCUCCAGCAGAAAGCUGAGCAGGUAGAAGCCCAUGAACAUGGAGUGGUUGAACCACAGCGCUGGGUUCAGCGGUUUGGGGAUGAGCAGCACGGGCAGCAACCACUGCAGGCAAUACAUGAUGGCGCCAGAGGGGACGUCUCAGCGGAGGCUCGCGCUCGCCAGGAAGUGGAAGAAGACGUCGAGAGUCGUUGAGGUCAGCUCAUCCCUGCAGAGACACAUCAGUUUGAAGAAACUACCAUAUCUUACUUAUUGCGUGGAAAUAUGGGCUAAUAACUAUAAAAGCAAUCUUCACUCGCUAAAUGUACUGCAAAAAAGGUCAGUAAGGAUAAUUCAUAAUGCCGCCUACAGAGAACAUACUAACUCCUUAUUUCUAAAAUCACAAAUACUUCAACUUGCUGAUAUGGUUCAUAUUCAAACUGCUAAAAUAAUUUAUAAAUAACAAAAAAUAACCAAUUAGCUAAAAAUGUCAUCCAAUACUUUUGAAAUAUGAUCUCAGGGAAGAAGUACAUUUGAAACACUUAUAUGCUAGGGCUACGUUAAAAAGCCAUAGCAUUUCAGUAUGUGGAAUCAAACUAUGGAAUGGAUUGAGUAAGGAAAUCAAACAAUGCACAACGAUGAGCCAAUUCAAGAAACAAUACAAGCAGUUGAUGUUUGCUAAAUACAAGGAUGAAGAGUCUUGAACCAGUCAUGAUGUGCUGUAUAUAUCACUAUAUUGACACUUACUAUGGUACCCAUUAUGUCAUUGGAUGCUGAUAUCACCUCGUACGAGGUACAUUAUUAAAAAAAAACUAUUAUGGAAAGCAGGAAGUGAACAAAUGUAACAGUUACUGAUUGUAAAAGUACCAGAUGGAGGGGUAGGAUUUAAUAAGCUUUGCUUCUUCCUACUCCUUUUGGACAUGUGGAACUGGGAACCGAUUAUGGGAUGCACUCAAUUGUAAU